AUGGUAACUCAGGAUGCGAUAAUUGCAUUAACAUCUGAAAUCGUUAAUAACGUAAACAAUGGUUAUAAAUGCGUUACGGUGGUUCUAGAUCUGAUAAAGGCUUUUGACACCGUAUCUUUCCCCAUCCUUGUACAGAGACUUGAAGCUAUAGGAAUAAGAGUGGAGGGGAAAAAGUGCUGGAAGUGCCCCGAAUGUAGUGCUUCCAAGAAAAAAGUCGGCGGUAACACUCAAACGAAAAUAAUACGCUGUAAUCCAGAUUCGCAGAACAUUACGAUGAGCAAAAAGUCUGUCUCCAACUAUCAGACUCCUGAGACAAAAAUAAAAGAAUUAACAGCAGUAAUCGCUCUCUUAAUUAGUGAAUUUACGACGCUAAAAACAAAGUUGGAUGAAUUGACGCACUCUCUAAGCCAUUGCCAUGAAAGGAUAGACGAGUUAGUGUGGGGCAUGUCAGCCAAUGAAAGUCGCUUGAUAAAACUAGAAAAACGCGGUCAGGAAAUUCUAAACUUGCACGCAUCUCUGGCCAAUCUACAGAAUGAGCUCAAUAUACAAGCUCAACACGGGCUCCCCAACGAGAUAGAGAUCGUCCGUAUACCAGGAGUUAAUAAUGAAAAACUUGAACAAAUUUUAAGGUAG